GCCAACCAAAACCUAACGACAACAGCUGAAAGGGUUAAAAGUUACCAGGGGGACCCCAGGCCCGCUAGGGAAGGCGUUUGUUCUAGGGUCCUACGGUGCUAGGCUGUAGGCUGGCCGCAACAAUGUCGUCACAAGAGUCCCAAGUGUCCGAAAUUUUCAGUCAGGAGACUUUUCAAGAAUUAUGGAAUGCAGUACAAGGAGAAGUGGAGCACCCUUGUGAUACCCUUGAAGAGUUGAAGAAUGAGAUGUGUCGGGAUUACGUUACUGUAAGCAAUGAGACCAGGCCUUUGCCAUUGCCGAAGGUUGAGCCUGAAUCUGAAGUUUAUCCGAGUUGUGAUUCUGCCUCUACAACUCUUCCCCCACCUGAGCCUGAAGAAACGAUUGCCAGUACUUGUUUGAGUAGUGCCACUGGAACUCUUCCACCAACAGAUAAUUUUCUUGGAUCAUUUUCCUUUUCUAUCCAAGUCGGGAAUAAGUCGCAAUAUUUCAAGUUUUCUCCAACUUUAAACAAGAUAUUUGUGAAACCAGAUAAAGUUAUCCCAUUCAAAGUUAUGUGGAGCAUUCCAACCCCUAUUCAUGCCAGUCAAACCUAUUUCAUACGUGCAGUGUUAGUCUUCAGUGAUGCAAAUCGUUUUCAAGAAGCAGUGAAGCGAUGUGUGGUUCACAGAGAUAGAGAUUUUAGCUGGAACAAAGGCUGUGAAGAAAUCAGCGACCAUGUCAUAAUGAGUCUAAAUGAAAACUCAAAGUACUGUCUGAACGAUUCUUCAGAGAGGAGAAGUGUUGUAGUGCCCCUCCAACAGCAUGAGGGUAUGGCGUACAGCCUCAUAAACUAUAAGUUUAUGUGCCUCACUUCCUGCAGUCGCUCUGAUAUGGACAUAAUUUUUACCUUGGAGAAUGAAAGAGGUAAUGUGCUAGGAAGAAGUAAAUUAGGCGUAAAAAUUUGUAUGGUCCCUGAACGGGAUCAUAAAAAUGAAGAGAGGAAAAUUGUGCCUGAAGGGAAGAGUGGAAAGAGAAAGAGGAAAAUAUUAGCAGAGCCAGAAACAACAAUUGUCAAGAAAGAAAUGGUCAAUCCAUCUUCUUCAUCAUGCAAUUUCUUGGUUGUGGCAGCUUCACCAGAGGAAGCAAUACAAACAAAGGACCUAUUACAAAAAUUCAAUGUCUAUCAAGAGGCAUUGAAAGGUAGAGCUCCUGUAAAGAAAAUAAUUGAAAAUGUGCCUUUACCCUUAUAUGAUCCUAGUAAUUCUGAUCUAAAUGGUGUAUAAAUUAGAAUAAUUUGUGUUUUUAAUUGAUAAAAAAAUCCUGAAUGUAUCAGAAUAUAACUGUUACAGCCUCUGUCAACAUGCAUUUGACAAUAAUUUUUAUGUUUUGUUUUAGAUGUUGCAUGCCCUAUUUAUUUCCAUAUUAUUUUGUACUGAUUUUGUUGGUCAAUCAUUGCUUUUACGGCAACCCUUUGUACUUAAACAUUCGUAAAAUAAGGCAAUCAGAUUCAAAUUGAUUAUCUCUGUUGUAAAAUCACAUUAUACACAAAAAUGUAGCCCUUUUGCCAAGGCUCUUAUUUUUAUGUAUGGAGGCAACCCUGUUUACCUGUACCAUGCAAUGGUCUAAUAAACCAGUUGUUGCUCACA